AUGUUGGCGCGUCAGGUCGACUACUCGAAGCUGCCACCUAGCCAAGCUCCAGCACAUGCCGCUGGUAUCCUGUGGAACAUGCGUCGUAUCGGUACACGGUGGCAGGUGAAGACCGCUGCAUCGACGAGCCAUCAGUCCCGCGCCGGUUUUGUCUUGCGCCGCGUCGCUACUACGCUGGGAGCCUACCUUGUUGUCGACUUCCUCGUCUCGAUGCCGCCCCCUGACCCCUCGCUCGUACAAAUCAGCAAAGCAACUCUCUUCUCGCUGCAUGAACUACACGUGGAGGAUGUUGUCUUCCGUAUUUCUAUGACCAUUGGAUUCUGGAUUUCGGUUGGCGUUCUUGUCCUUUGUAUGAACAAUCUCGGAGCAAUAUUCGCUGUGCUCUUGAAUAUCAGCUCGCCUGAAGAUUGUCUACCGGUGUUUGGGUCAUUCCUUGACGCGUUUACCGUGCGACGCUUCUGGGGCGUUACCUGGCACCAGAUGUUCAGGAGUCUCCUGACCGGCCACGCUGACCUAAUUGUCGACAAUUGUCUCCCAUUCUUGUCCCGUCACUCACUGAUAUCCCGGUACAUGAGACUUGCUAUUGCCUUCUUCAUAUCUGGCGCAGUCCACUACCGUGCAGACCAGCUCAUGGGUGUUCCAAACAAUGAGAAUGGUGCCAUAAUCUUCUUUAUGCUACAUGCUCUUGUCAUUAUGGCUGAGGAUACCAUUGCGCCGGUAGUCUCUGCUGUCCUGCCCUUAUCGGUCCGUCGCGUCUUGGGCUUAUUCUGGGUUCUGAUCUUCUUUGUUUGGUCAACUCCAGCUUGGAGUUAUGCCAACACCAGGGUGGGCAAUGAUGCUGCCAGCUUGCUGCCCGUCCGGCUUAUUGGACCUUGGGUAGCGCGGUAUCUCAACGCAAGCUAA